CUCAUCCUUUCUGUAAACUUGACUCUUCCUGAUUUCUUCCAUGUUAUCCCUUGAGGAGAAGCUGAGAAAGUUCAGAGAGUGACUCUGCCGUGGUUCCUUCCUUAUUCACAGAACAAACUCUGGGCAGCUCUGGACAAGCUGAGGAAGAACAAGGAAGAAUCUGAGAAGUGGAAUGCUGAACUCCAACAAGACAAAUUUCUUGGCAGACUCAAAUACAAGGCAAGAUACAAAAUGUUCAGGCUGAUUUUUACACAGUGGAGAGGCAUCCUGGACACUGAGGAGGAGAAAGUACUGCAAAAGCUGAAAAGGGAGGAGGAAGAUGGUUUGCAAACCCUGGCAGUGUCAGAAAAUGAGCUGAUCCAGCAGAAUGAGUGGGUGACUGAGCUCAUUUCAGAUGUGGAGCAUCUGUUAGAAGGGUCCACAAUGGAGAUGCUGCAGGAUGUGAAUACCAUCAUGAGAAGAUGUAAGCUCUUGACAAUGAAGAAAGCAAUACCUUUCCCCAAGAAAGCACAGACAGUGUUCCCAAUAACUGGUCUGAGAGAAAGGCUACAAGGGUUUCAAGAGCUGACUGAUGCCCGCCAAUACUGGGUGCAUAUGAGAGUGACUACAAAUGACGAUUCGAGAAUUGACAUUUCUAAGGAUCAAAGAAAAAUAAGAUACCAGUAUACUCCUGUCUUUUUCACAGAAUCUUUUUCAGUUUCUAGAGACCAUUAUUUCCCCGCUCAGAAUGUUCAUAACCAAGUUUUAGGCUUUUCACAAAAUGCAUUUCAAUUGCCAGGAAAUAAUUUACCUCUCCUAGGAGUCCUAGGUGCCCUCAUAAUCACAUCAGGGAAGCACUACUGGGAGGUAAGUGUGUCUAAGAAAACAUCCUGGCACCUGGGGUUAAGGAUGGAGAAUAAAUCUGAAUAUAAAGCUUUCAGGGAGGGUCCUACCACCCAUUCUCCUUUGUCCUUGCCCCUGUCUUUGCCUAUCGCUCUUGAACAUGUUGGGGUUUUUGUAGACUACCAGGCUGGCUCAGUCUCAUUUUACAGCACUACGUACAAUGCAUUUCUCAUCUACAAGUCCACUAACUGUGCCUUUACCCGUGAAGUCUAUCCAUAUUUCAAUCCUACAAAAUGUUCAGAACCUAUGACUCUAUGCUGAUCCAGCUCUUAAGCCUUUUUACCCCCUUUGACAUUUCUGUGUACUGUCCCUGGUCCUGGUGUGUGUUUCAUGCAUCUGUGCCCCUCUGUGCCUCUUGAAACAUCUUUUCCUCCUUACUUGAGUCUUUCUGAUUCAAUGUCCUUCACUUAUAACUAGGAUGUAUACCUUUCAAUGGG